CACGGUUGAAGACGUCACGCGUGGACGGGCCAAGUCAAUGGGGGCAGCCCAGCCACGGACAAGGGCGACUUCCUCGGCUCCAACCUCCAUCUUCGUUUUGUCUAGUCCGCUCGCCUCCUCGCUCUCCGCACUUUGGUGCACGGCUUGGACAGACCACGACCACACCAGCCCCGAACAAGAAUCGACAAAGCUUUGGCAGAGUCGCGGCCUCCAAACCCAAAUCACCCGCCGGAAGCGUCGGCUAGUCCCCAUCGCGUGCUCAAAGAUGCAUCGUGCCAUCCUGUCUUAGAUCCGGGUCUCUCCCUGCUUUUCCCCAUCCCGCCACGACCGAUCCCCAUCACCCUCACCAGCUUCCUCGCAGGGCCUCGCGCCCGCCUUUCUCCUCUUAUCGCCUGGCCAAUCUUCAUCAUGGCCGACCCAGGCGUCGCGGCAGCAGCGGCGCUGUCUCGGCACGAUAACGCCAGCGUCUGGUUCAACCUCAGCAACUGGACCGUCCAGCACAUGCCCUAUCUCAACAUGACCAAGCUCGCCCCGUCCAUCGAGGACCUUGUCCUGGCCGGUCCCAGGAUAGUCAUGAAGCUCAGCCGCCUCGGCUCCGUCUUUUCCUUCCCCGACGCCGUCGACGGCUUCGGACAGCGCCAUUUGCCCGACGCGACCCCUGACUCUACUAUCGUUUUCGCCGCCACCACCGACCCCGUCGCCGCCGCCCGGUCCUUCAUCACUACCGCCCCGCCCGCGGCAGCCCAGUCCCUCACCGCGGCCCAGGACGCCGCCGCCUCGCGCUUCUCGUUCGAGAGCGCGCGGAGCUUCGGCAGCGUCUUCAGCUACGCCACCAGCAAGUGGGCCCUCUGCUGCAUGGCCAUGGCCGUGGUCCUCAACCGCACACACAUCUUUGCCGCCACACGGCGCCGCCUGCGUCUCCGCUGGCCCGUUCGCCUGGCCCUUCGUAUCGUUCCCAUCGUCCUCUUUACGUUCCAGGCCCAGAGCCUGGUCCAGUCUAUACAAUGCCAGACCUCGCCCGACUUUGCCGAGCUGCGAUGGGGCAACGCCAGCAAGAGCUCCGACCUCAUGUUCUCGCACGCAAACAGCUUCUUGCAUGGCCUGAGCUCGGCCCUGCUGCUUGGCGACUCGGACGUGGAUUCGUGCCUAGCCGUCCACAUGAUACCGCCACUGCCGUCGGCCAGCGAGGGUGCAGAGCAAGCACAACCGGACCUGCGAGGCUCGCUGUCGCUCCUCUGGCCGCUUUUUGGGAGCUUCUGCCUGAGCCAGUUCCUCGAGACCAUCUCGUGUGCCGUCCAGGGGAGGCCGCUCGCCGCCGAGACGGGCAUGACCCUCUUUGAGCACUCGCUUGCCUUUGCCGAGGCCGAUGCCGCCAUUAGCAACCAGCUGGGCUGGGGCCUAUUCACCGCCUCGGCUUCGACAGCGGCAGGUGCCGCCAAGGCCGCGGCGUCUAUGGGGUCUGCUGCCACCGGGGCAAAUAUUGCCAUCACAAGGUCCAUGAUUAUGAAGAGGGCCAAUACGCCGCCCGAGGUGCUGCUGGUUGCCUUUCUCUCCGCCAUGGGUCACGUCACCAGUCACAUCCUCGCCGUUUUCAACCUGCAGUCAAAGUUCCGCCUGGUCAGCACCGGCUUCUACGCUGCCUGUUUCAUGGGCUCCAUAAUCUGGAGCGGCUUCACCUUCUCGCUGGACGACCCUGCCCGACAGGGUCUGUUGAGGUUUCCCACCGUCUGCAUUAUCGGGUACAUUCCCCACCUGCUGGUCCUUUUUGGCAUGUUGACGUGCUGCUCCAUCUAUUCGCUCUCCCUGCUCCUGUCGGCUCUCUCGCCUCCCGAGGUGGGAACCUCACCCGACAAUGAGGGGGAGGAUCUCUCAACGCUGGGAGCUCGGCUCAGGCGCGCACACGACAACAUGCAGGCAAAUAUCUCACUCUCGGACGUCCGGAUCACGAUGGAGAUGGACUUUUACACGGCGCUCUUGCGGGCUGGGUUCGCCGCCAUCUCCAUGGCUAGCGAGGCCGUGUACUUGAACGAAGACCGGCGUGUGAAUCUCAAGCGAUACACGUGGCUCGAGGACGAAAGGCUGCGCGAAAUCGAGCAGCUGCGCAUGCAGUGGCUGCCCAACUCGCGCUACGAUUCCAACGGCGCCAUCGGCCUGGUUCCGGUCGUUCAUGCGCAGACGGGGAGGACGGAAGGUGCUGGCGGGUACGCAACCACGGGCUAUGCUAGGGAGAGGGCGGCACAAAAGGUGGCAAAAACGCGCGGCAGCGAGCGCGUGCGGCCGAUGCGGGACGGUGUCGGGGCCCACGAGCGCAGCGGCAGGUGGCUGCUUGCCCUGGAGUAUAUCAUCCACAUCAACCGGCUGAUGCUCAGGGUCUUGGCCAUGGCCAUGUGCAAGGCCCUGGCGCGCCUUGGAUUCGCGAACCCUCCCCGGUUCCUGCGGUAUCUGGCGCAGGAGCCCAAGCCGAGAGGUGCGCCCGAGGUCAUGGACAUGAGUACCAUGGAUUCCACAGAUGCAGGCGUCGGCGCCAAGGUGGAUGGCGUGCGGGAUGGGCGAGGUCGUAUCGUGGGCGAGUGGAUGCGAGGCCAGGAAACCAGAGCCUACGUACCGUGGAAAUCGGGCGUAGACCUGGAGGAAAUCGUCACGAAACAGUUCCCUGAAGAGCAGGACACAUCGGGCUUCCUGUACAAGUGGUGGCUGCGCGGCGGCUGGUGGGGGGAGGUUGACAGGAGCGGAGACUACCGUCCGCCAUCCGACGACGGCGACCCGGACUUUGACGCCACCAGCGUCGUCUCCACCACCGAGACGGAGUCCCAGAGUGAGGUCGGCCGCUGGGACUCGGACGACAACGAGCAGGACUGGGAAGACGAAGACGACGGCCAACGCACGCCGACGCGGCGGUCGCCGUUCGCAACGCGGGAGUCGACGCCCAUGGUGGACAGCCCCAUGGCCAUGGCGGACCUGGCGCGGCUGCUGCACCCGCAAUCGCCCGAAGAGCGUGACGAGGCGCUCGCGCUGGCCGCUCACCUGGGCUCCGACGGCAUCAUGACGCGGAGCCGGUUCGCCAGGCUGUCGGCGCAGCGGCGCGCGCGCGUGCUCAUGCCCGCGGGGGCCAGCAGCGCCGUCGACCUCGCCGGGCGGGUGCGUCAUCCGCACCAACCCCGGCGGAGCCACAAGAUGUCACCCGACGAGGAGGCGCAGCUGCUCGAGCAGAUCCUACUCUCAAGGCGGGCACAAGCCGCUGGUGAGGGGUCGUCGUCGUCGCCGUCGUCGUCGUGGGCGACGGGGGCCGCCGGUAUGGGCCCCGAGGGCCCGCAGUGUGUCGUCUGCCACAGCUCGUCGCGCACCAUCAUUGUCUGGCCGUGCCGCUGCCUCAGCCUGUGCGACGACUGCAGGGUCUCGCUCGCCAUGAACAACUUUGACAAGUGCGUCUGCUGCCGCCGCGAGGUCAUCAGCUUCAGCCGCAUCUUUGUGCCCUGAAACCGUCGGGUUUGUUAUCUCUUUUUCUUUUUUUCUUUCUUUUUUGCAUAUAGCUAAGUGUCCUGGUCAUAUCAUCAUCCCCUUUUCGUCAUGUCCUUGCUGGGUCCAUUAUGCAUUCUUGCUCUACUUGCUCUGGUAUAUUCCACAUCUCGCCACGCCGUCAACGCCCGGGGUUUCUUGUUUUUGUCUGUCUCUCGGUGGUAGGAUGACUGUCAUUACGUGUCUAUUUUGGCCUCUGGGUCACGAAUGGUACAAUGGUAACGGCCGAGGUAUACUUGCAUGUUGUACGACGGGACGAUAGGGAGCCGGUUAUGGAGUGGUAGCGGCUCAGGGAGUGGAUGAAACACAAUUACUGCGUUACGGUAGGUCAAAAGUGCGGCAAUAUGUGCCUGUGUGUAGCUGUCACGGCAUAAAGAGCAUGCUGGGUGUCAUUGAAUUCUCAACUGCGUUCCACUGCCAAGCCACUCCCGGUCAUCACAUACCAGCCCACUCGA